AAACAGAGAGUAAGCACUAGCUGAUGCAUUCCCGCCCCUUCUGCCCUUUAUAUAGAUCACUUCAGCAUUUACUUAAGGCAGACCAGGAAGAUUUCUGAAGAACAAAUCCUCCCGUACCCCAGCUCUUCAGAACAGCGAAGAAGCAGAUUGCCAUCAUGAGUGAGAUCACCAAGAACUCCCUGGAGAAAAUCCUUCCUCAGCUGAAAUGCCAUUUCACGUGGAACUUAUUCAAUGAAGAAAGUGUCUCAUAUGAUCUAGAAGAUGGAGUGUGUAACCAGAUUGAAUUUUUAAACACUGAGUUCAAAGCUACAAUGUACAAUUUGUUGGCCUACAUCAAACACCUGGACAGUCAAAAUGAGGCAGCCCUGAAAUGCUUACAGCAAGCUGAAGAGUUAAUCCAGCAAGAGCACGCUGACCAAGCAGAAAUCAGAAGUCUGGUCACCUGGGGAAACUACGCCUGGCUCUACUAUCACAUGGGCAGGUUCUUGGAAGCACAAGAAUAUGUAGACAAGGUGAAACAAGCUUGUGAGAAGUUUUCAAAUCCUUACAGUAUUGAGUGUCCUGAGCUUGAUGGUGAAGAAGGGUGGACGAGGUUAAAGUGUGGAGGAAAGCAUAAUGAAAGGGCAAAGGUAUGUUUUGAGAAGGCUCUAGAAGAGAAACCCAACAACCCAGAAUUUGCCUCUGGACUGGCAAUUGCUAUGUACUAUCUAGAUGAAAAACCACAGAAGCACUCCUCUGUUGAUACUCUGAAGCAGGCCAUUGAGCUGAGUCCUGCCAGCCAUUAUAUUAAAGUUCUCUUGGCCCUGAAACUGCAGAUGAUGAACAGAGAAGCUGAAGGGGAGCCAUUGGUUGAAGAGGUCCUGGAGAAAGCUCCUUCCCAAACAGAUGUCCUUCGUACAGCAGGCAAAUUUUACAAAAGAAAGGGAGACAUAGACAAAGCUAUUGAGCUGUUUCUAAGGGCACUGGAAUCCAUGCCAAACAAUGGUCACCUCUAUCACCAGAUUGGAACCUGUUACAGGAAAAAAAUCAAUCAAAUGCAGAAUACAGAAUACGUCACUAAUGGGAAUAGAGAAAAGAUUGAAGAACUAACGGAAUAUGCUAUCAACUAUUUCAAGAAAGCUCUUGAAAACAAAAUAAGUCACCCUUUUGCAUAUACCAAUCUCGCUGAACUCCUGGCACGAAGAGGUCAGUACAGAGAAGCAGAAGAAUGUUACCAGACAGCAUGCAGUAAGGAGUUCCCCGAUGCUGAGAAGCAGCAGCUUCGUCAGUGGUAUGGCAGCUUCCAGAAAUAUUAUAUGAAGUCUGAUGAUACUGCUGUCCAACAUUACUUGGAGGGUUUGCAGAUAAGCAAAACAUUAGCAGAGAAGGAAAAAAUGAAAUGCCAAAUACAGAACACAGCUGAAAAUCAGCUUUCACGAAAUGCACCAAAUUAUUGGUAUCACCAAGGAUUAAUUCACAAAGAGAAUGGAGACGUGCAGCAAGCAGUGGAAUGCUAUGAGAAAGAGCUGGGCCGCCUACUAAGGAAUACCCCUUCAGGCAUAGGCCGCUUGUUCCUGCCUGCAUCGGAGCCUGAGAAAGGCAGUGAGGAGAUGGGCCAGGGUGCAAACAGCCCCACUCCCAGAGAGCCCCCCAGCCCCUGAGCUGAGACAAAGAGGAGGAAAAAGAACAGAGUGUCCAUGACAGGGAGAGGAGUGGAAAGGAAUGGGUCCCAACCUGGGGUUGUUGAGGAGAAUGGUCUUCCUUGUUGCUUUAAGAUAUACUUCUAGAGAGUUGUUUUCUCAUGUUCUGUCUCUCUGUAUAUAUCAGCCACACAGUUAUCCAGUCAGCAGGUCUUGUAACUACUUGUAGAAAUAGUGCAUGAGGCCUACAUGAUGCUGAUUAGUUCUCAAUUUGUACUCAGGUCACCAGAUAACCCCCACUUCUGCCCUUCUUGUCAAAGGUCAUAAAUGGUGGUUGUCUACCAACAGAAUCUUCGAUUGCACUCCCUUCAUCCAAUUUCCAUCCAGCCCUCUGGGCCUCCUGGCAGACUAGUUUCUGACUAACCCUGGAAGAGUCUUAUGUCUUGCUCCUGGCUUUAACCAUAGUGUUUAUUUGUAUUCCUGACAGUAAUACUAUAGUAAAUAUGUAUUCUGGAUAGUAAUGCUACAAUAAAUUUAAUUUUUUUUUUUUAACUCUGAAUAGAGGUGAUUGCAUAAUUUGUGGGUAUGUGUAAUUAAGACGGAAGCCCUGGUGGUGUAGUAGUUAAGUACUACGGCUGCUAACCAAAGGGUUGGCAGUUAGAAUCAGCCAGGUGCUCCUUGGAAACUCUAUGGGGCACUUCUACUCUGUCCUAUAGGGUUGCUAUGAGUCGGAAUCGACUCGAGGGCACUGGGUUUGGUUGGUUUUGGUUAUUAAGGCAGAAAUAUUAAUUCCCAAAGUUUCUCCUACUACAGCCAUACCAUGCUAUUCUCAACACGGCAAUUUUAGCUCCACAAGUGUUUGCACUGUGCAGCCAAGCCGUGCACAGAGAGUCCUGUUUUCCAAGGUCUUUUCAACCUCAACUGAACGACUUCAAGGCCUGUACUCAUAUGCCUUUCUAGUACGUGACUUGAUUGUCUGGGUGCAGAGGCAAAAUAUACAUCUCUAAGACGUCAGAUCCCAGAAAAGACAAAUAGUGGCAUUCGCAUUUGGUUUCUGAAUGGUGAGCCAGAAAUUUGACUCUUUCCUCAUGCAGUGAGGGGGUCCUGGAAGGCUGCUUAAUGAGCUGCAAACUUGGUGAAGGGUGCCUGCCAAGUUAUCUGCCGGCUCCAGCAAGGUUGGGGGAGCCACCAGAUGCCCAGCAGUGAAUUCCAGAUUUCUGGCCAGCCUAACAGAAAAAACAGAAAUUUAUUUUCUCACAGCCUAAGAGGCUAGAAGUCCAAAUUCCGGGUGUCAGCUCUACAGGAAGGCUUUCUUUCUAAGAUCUGGAGGAAGGUCCUUAUCUCCUUUCAAUAUCUGUGGGCCCAGCAUUCCUUAGAGAUGUACAUGUGUCCUGGCAUCAAUCUUCUCCAGGGUCUAGGAGGUUCUCAGCACAGGGACUCCGGGUCCAAAGGACAUGCUCCAUUCCCAGCUCUUCUUGGUGGUAAUCAGAUCCCGUUCUCUCUCCUUUUGUCUCUUGAAAGAUGAAAGGCGAUGCAGGCUACACUCCAGGGAAACUCCCUUUAGGAUGGAUCAGGGCUGUGACCAGAGUUAGGGUGUUACAUCCUACCCUAAUCCUCUUUGAUAUAAUCUUGCCUUACUUUACCACAGGCAGAGAUCAGAAUUUACAACACAAUUACAUCACAUCACAAAAUGGAGAACAACCAUACAAUGCUAGGGAUCAUGGCCUAGCUAAGUUGACUCAUAUUUUGAAGGGACACAAUUUAAUCUAUGAUAUUAUGGAAACCAAUAUUAAGAGCCUGGCUAAGGGAGGUGAGAGGGGAAAUCAUGGGGGAGGGGUCAUCUCCCGCCCCCAAAAGCGACUGCAACUCUGAGGUAGAUGAAGAAUUGCCUAUCUUUAUGCAAAUACACACAAUCAAGGAGGCAAAGAUUUUUAAUACUAGCGGUGAUGGGGUGAAUGGCAGCUUCCUACACAGCUGCCCCAUCAGGGAUGCCUGGUCCACAUUCCCAGGAAAUACAUACAGCUGGCUAUGGAAGCAUUAUGGGUACAAUUCAACCCUGUUCCUCCAUACUGAGUCCUAUUCAUCCUCCAGAUGGUGUUCAGGCUGCACAGAAGAUGCAAUUCACUGAGUUGGCCUACAUACCUAAACUGUGGUUUAUUUUGCUGACUAGGCAUUAAGAAAAAAAAAUGCCUCUGUACCUACAAUCUACCUUUGCAUGAGUGAACAUCCCUAACUUGCACCUCCAGGAGUGUAGCCCUAUCUCACACAGUUCUGCCUCUGGAGAUUCAGAGGGGAAUCACAGAAAUUACUGGUUUUCCCAGUCACCUGAUCCUUAUUACUACCUGAGACUAUACUCAGCCUUACCGAGUUUGUAACCUGGUGGGGAUUUAGAGCUCCCAUACAGCAGCCACUUUACAUCUACCCAGGCUACCAGCAGUGUCCAUAAGGCAGGCUUAACUGGUGAUGACAUGGUAUCUCCUAGCAGAUGCCAGGCCUAUCUACAGAGGAGACAAUUGUGGGAAUGGAGGCUAAUCCUCACAGGCCUCCUCCCCUCUAGUAUAUCAACUCCAGGGAGGCAGCUCCAGCUGCUUGGAUCACAGCUGUAUGUCCAUCCUGCAGAACGGUGCCAGAACAGACUACCCACCAACCCAGUGCCGUCGAGUCGAGGAACAGACUAGGCUAUCAAAAAAUUUGAUGAAUAAGGGAACACACUGUCUGCACUCCAAGACUAUGAGUCUGUCCUUACCCACAGCUCAGGGAACACCUCUAAGACAAUUUCUCUGAAUCCCAAGAGACAGUACUGGAAAGAUAAAAUGUUAAGCGUUGUCUUAGUUAUUUAAUGCUGUUAUAACAGAAAUGGAAACCCUGGUGACAUCGUGGUUAAGUACUGCAGCUGAUAGGCAAAAGGUCAGCAGAUCAAAUCCACCAGGCGCUCCUUGGAAACUCUAUGGGGCAGUUCUACUCUGUCCUACAGGGUUGCUAUGAGUCGGAAUCGACUCAACGGCAACAGGUACGGGUAUAACAGAAAUACCACAAGUGGAUGGCUUUAACAAACAGGAAUUAAUUUUCUCACAGUUUAGCAGACUAGAAGCUCGAAUUCAGGGUGCCAACUCUAGGGGAAAGCUUUCUCCCUCUGUCAGCUCAGGAGAAGGUACUUACCUCUUUUCAACACCUGUGGUCCUGGCAUUCCUUGUUGAUUUACAUAUAUCUUGGCAUUAAUUUUCCUCUGGGUCUAGGAGAUUCUUGGAGUGGGGACCCUGGGGCUCAGGGACACACUCUGCUCCUCGCUCCUCUUUCUUAGGGUAGUCAGGUUUCUCUCCUCUCUGCUUGCUUCUCUCUUUUAUAUCUCAAACGAGAUUGACUGAAAAUACAACCCAAUUCUGUAGAUUGUGUCCUGCCUCAUUAACGUAACUGCCUCUAAUUCUUCCUCAUUAACAUCACAGAGGUUAGAAUUUACAACACAUACGAUAAUUACAUCAGACCACAAAAUGGAAGACAAUCACACAAUACUGGGAAUCAUAGCCUAGCCAGGAUGACACAUAUUUUGGGAGGACACAGUUCAAUCCAUGAUAAGUAUGCACAGCUACAAAACAGUUGCAGGUGUUUGUAUUGGCCUCUGAGCUAAGUUCCACAGUUUGUGCUAAGCCCAUUGCAAGCAUCUAAAACCAGUGGAGUAGGUAUGAGCCUCACAAAGGUUUAGUAACU